GUGGAGCUGUGUGUUGGGUUGUCUCUGCAACGGAACUAAUAAAGUCUCAUUUGAACAAUAUGGCGGCGCCCUGUGAGCGGCAAGAGUCCUGCUGAGAACAGACACACGUAAAGAGAGAACUGAGAGAAAACCGCGCUAAUGUCCCCUACAUGACCCAGCACGGAAUACAGCUCAGCCUGAAGCGGUGUUUCUGCCAUUAUUGGUUUUGAUGCAGAGAGCCAUGUGCAGGCUUGCUGUGUGCUCUCAGGGUCUGGUGAGACAGAGCAGAUGCCUGGGUUUUCUGUAUUCCCCAGCGCUACAUCCCCUCAGAGCCAGCAUCAGGACCCUGUUCAGCGAGACUGGGGUGUGGGAACGAGACUACAAGGUAGAGACCAGGCGCAGGGUGGAGCAGUGGUGGCACCUACGCAUCCAACAACAAUGGCAGAAGGAAAUCAAGGAGCAGAACGAGCAGAAGAAGAAGUUCUAUGUUCUUUCCAUGUUCCCCUACCCGUCUGGCCGUCUGCACAUGGGCCACGUCAGAGUCUACACCAUCAGCGACACCAUCGCUCACUUCCAGCGCAUGAGGGGUCACAAGGUGUUGAACCCAAUGGGCUGGGAUGCUUUUGGUCUUCCUGCUGAGAAUGCUGCUAUUGAGCGAGGUCUGGAUCCUGAAGACUGGACUAAGAGUAACAUCCAGUCCAUGCGGGAGCAGCUCGACAGCCUGGGGCUGUGCUUUAAUUGGGACCGGGAAAUCACAACUUGCCUGCCUGACUAUUACAAGUGGACUCAGUACUUGUUUGUGAAGCUUUAUGAGGCUGGCCUGGCCUAUCAGAAAGAGGCGAUGGUGAACUGGGAUCCCAUAGACCAGACUGUCCUGGCUGAUGAGCAGGUGGAUGAAAACGGUUGCUCCUGGAGGUCUGGUGCUCCUGUGGAGCAGAAGCUUCUCAGGCAGUGGUUCAUAAAAACCACCAACUACGCCAAGCCUCUGUUGGAUGCCUUGGCAGAUCUCCCGGAGUGGUAUGGUGUAAAAUCGAUGCAGGCCAACUGGAUCGGAGAAUGCUCAGGUUGCUUUUUCGACCAUGUGCUAAAGCUGGAGGGGAAAGAAACGGGUGAGGUGCUAGCUGCCUACACCUCCACCCCUGAAGCUGUGUAUGGAGCAGCGUUUAUCUCCAUCCUGCCGUCUCACCGCCUUCUCCACGGCUCCAGCCCUGUGAGAGCCGCUCUACACAGAGCGUUCCAGCCCGGGAAAAACUCCCUCACUGAGGUCACCGCCCUCAACGUGUUCACCGGCCAGGAGCUUCCAGUGGUCAUCUCUGCUAAGAACGAGUUCCAGGGACACUUGGACACUGUGAUAGUCAUCCCUGACAGCAGUGAGGAGGAUGUGUGUGUGGCCAGGGAGCUGGGUGUGAGUUGGGACACGGUGCUGAAGAGUGAAGAAGAUGGAACUCACACCAUAAUCAAUUCCGCUGAGUUCACAGGUCAGGCACCAGAAGAGGCCUUCAACUCCAUUACCCAGAAAGCUCGGCAGCAGAAGGUGGGCGGCCAUCUCACCAGUUCCAAGCUGCGGGACUGGCUGAUCUCGAGGCAGCGCUACUGGGGUACACCUAUACCCAUAGUGCACUGCGAGUCCUGUGGUCCUGUGGCUGUUCCUGUGGAAGAGCUGCCAGUCGAGCUGCCUAAAGUGUCCCUCCUCUCAGGGAAAGGGGCGUCACCCCUGCGCUCUGCUCACGAGUGGGUCAACUGCUCGUGUCCCAGGUGUAAAGGCCCCGCUCAGAGAGAGACGGACACCAUGGACACGUUUGUGGAUUCUGCCUGGUACUAUUUCAGAUACACAGACCCACACAACAAGCUGAGGCCUUUCCAGCGCUCUCUAGCUGAUCACUGGAUGCCUGUAGAUGUUUAUAUUGGAGGGAAAGAACAUGCGGUCAUGCACCUGUACUACGCUCGCUUCCUCAGCCACUUCUGCAAGGACCAGGGCAUGGUCUCUCACAGGGAGCCGUUUAAGAAGCUGCUGGUUCAGGGCCUCAUUAAGGGCCAGACGUUCAGAGUGUCCGAGAGUGGACAGUACCUGAAGAAAGAGGACAUUGAUUUCACAGGUCCAGAGCCGGUGCAGAAGGACAGUGGGAAGCAGCUGCAGGUGACCUGGGAGAAGAUGAGUAAAUCCAAGCACAACGGUCUGGACCCUCAGGAGGUGGUGCAGCAGUACGGCAUCGACACCGUGCGCCUCUACAUCCUCUACGCUGCCCCGCCCGAGCAGGACAUCCUCUGGGAUGUGAAGACGGAUGCUCUCCCUGGCGUUCUUCGCUGGCAGUCUCGUCUCUGGGGUCUUGUCACUAAGCUGAGAGAGGCUCGGCAGGCCGGAGAGACCCCCAACCCAUCCUUACUUAACAAGAAAGAGCGUUUAGAGGCCAAGAAGAUCUGGGAGUACAAAAAUCACACCAUCAUGCAGGUCACCACUAACUUCACAGAAGACUUCCUGUUGAAUGCAGCAAUCUCGCGCUUAAUGGGACUGACCAAUACGCUCUCACAAGCAUCACCUCGUGUGGUUCUGCACAGUGUGGAGUUUGAGCAGGCUCUGGCUUCACUGUGCCUGAUGGCAGCUCCCAUGGCCCCUCACCUGACCUCAGAGCUGUGGGCAGGUUUGUCUCAAGUAAAGAAUCCUCUCAGCUCUUCUCUCACGGCGGAUGGAGAUGUGAGGCAGCAGCCUUGGCCCACUGUAGACCCAGAGUUCCUGCAGACCCCCGACACUGUGGAGGUCACCAUACGGAUUAACAAUAAGGCCUGUGGAAGUGUGACGGUGCCUCGGCAGGUGGCUCAGGAUGCUGAGAAGGUGCGUGAGCUGGUUCUGGGAAGUCCACUGGGCCUGACUCUCCUCUCUGACCGCGUCAUAAAGAAAGCCUUUCUUUCCCCCAGGACUGCUCUAAUAAACUUCCUGGUAGAAGAAUGAACAGAGAGAGCACCUUGUAGCUGAACAUUAAAAAAAAAAAAGAGCAGAGCUGGCAGGUCAGAUCCAGCAGCAGGUGAAUGAGAAGCUGAGGAUGUCCUGCCUGGAGAAAAAAAGACAGACUCUUCAUAAAUACUUUUUUAUUUAUUUUUUUACAUGUAUGAGUGCAUGUUUGUCAGUCUGAACUUUCUUUUUUGUGGAAAAAAACAUCCUCUAUCCUCGAACAUCUCUAUAGUCACAUCAGCCUGUAACCCACAGGCUAUUUCAGGCAAAUUAAGGCAUUUUCAGACCAUUUCAUACGAUUUCAGGCUAUUUCUGCACCUUUUGAUGAUAUGUUCAUCCCCAAUGAACACACACACACCUUCUGCCAGUCUUAUAAUGGUAUGUGUCCACUUACCAUUUUUUUAUUGACGCAUCCUAUAUUCAUUUUGAUGGUGAGAUCUGCCAUACGCCAUGGUGCAUGACGGGUUGCAUAGUGUUAUGAGUAGCCUCCAUGUUUCUCAAUAGCAAGAACAUAAAGAAUAUAAAUAUAUACUGUAUUUUUUGCACUAUAAGGUGCACUUAAAAUCCUUUACUUUUACCAAAAAACGUCAGUACAGCGUUAUAAAGGAGUUUUAGUGACGUUUUUUUCCAACACCAAGACUGGAGUAGUAUUAGCAUUGGCUGCUAACUGCUAUUUCCCCGUUCAGAGGUGAGUGUUAUCGGCCUGUAUCCCGCUGCUAACCCCGGCAAGCACUGCUGAAGCAGCAUUAGCAUUACACGCUAAUCGCGUUAGCUCUUUCUUUGUUAAGAGGGGAGUAUAUUGGACUGUAGCGGGUGCGUUUACCAGGUUAAAACAAGCUACAUGGCACGAACUGCUAGCUAAUAUCACCCUGGCUUACCAGAACACUCAGGGUUGGGCAGCAUUAACCGCUAACCACUAGCGGUUAGCUGCUAAUGCUAAUGUUCCAGUUUUAAUGCUAGAGAAAUUUGGGAAACUAAGCUUACUGUAAUUAUACUGAAAUGCUUUGCUCACCCAAAUAAACAGUUUUCAGGAGAGAAAUCUGUGUAGAUUAACAUCCAGCACUCUCUGACUAUAAAAGAAAGUUUUUUUUAUUACAGUUUUGUUUACUUAGCUUAGCUUUACUUAACUUAGUUAGCUACUUCCCCUCCCCUUAUAGUGUCUCUUAAAAUGCACCUUAUAAUCCAGUGCGCCAUAUACUGCGAAAAAUACAGUAAGUGUAUGUACGUUUACUAUAUACAGUAUGUGUAAUUUUGUGAUUUCAGGUGAUGUCAACAGAUCAUAAAAGCAGGUACACAAAAACAGUAUCCAUGAAAGACAAGAGUUUUUCAGAAGCAAAAAUGAUGAAAGGAUCUCCAGUGUCUCAACAAAUGUGCGAGAAAGCUCGUUAAAAAAACAAUGUUCUUUGAAUAAAUAAUGUAACAAAUUUGUAUAUUCCUAUUUCUACAGUGCAUAGUAUCCAUAAUAAACCAUUCAAGGAAUCGGGAUGAGUUUUAGUGUUUAAAGGGAGAACACCCGUGAUCUCUGAUCCCUCAGAAAGCACUGAAUCAAGUACCAUGAUUCAAUAAUAGCUGAUAAAACCACACAAAGCUUUAUCAAGAACAAUGCUUAUUUAUAUUCACAAACGCCACUUAAACUUUACUGUGCAAAACAGAAGCCUUGUGUUACCCAUGUCUGAAAUCAGGCUCCACCACUCUGGGCUUAAAGCUGACCAGAAAAAAACAACAUAAAAUCUCUUCAGUUCAUAGGCUCUGCAAUAAAAAAUGUGUAAGAAAGACUGUGUUUUUUAUUAUUUUCAUUUCCCUUUACAAACAGCAAUAGAAAAAAAUAAGAUUUUGCUAUUUAUAGGAGUUCAAUAUUUGGUGGAAUAACCCUGUUUUAAAGCAGUUUUCAUGCAUCUUGGCAUGUUCUCCUCCACCAGUCUUACACACUGCUUUUGGAUAACUUUAUGUCACUCUUGAUGCAACAAUUUAAGCAGUUCAGCUUGGUUUGAUGGCUUGUUAUAACCAUCCAUCUUCCUCUUGAUUACAUUCCAGAGAUUUUUUAUUUGGUAAAUUCAUGGAAAAACAUCAUUAUUUAGUGGUCUCUUAUUUUUUGUCCAGAGCUGUAUGUGUAUAUAUACUCAGAGAACACUUAAUUCUUAUACUAGAUCUGAUUUUCAGGUUCUUUAACAGUACAAGUCAGUGUAUUAAUCUUUGUCAGAUGGCCUGCUGUUCUGCUGACCAGUGCAUUUAAGUCAUGCGAUUCCUGUUAGGGAGCAUAAGGUAGAUGAUGAAUAUUUGUUUCACUAAAUCCAUUACCUUUAAGCAACAUAGACAAAGGAAAAUUGGCUUUGAAAAGGUCAGCGAAGUCUCUUAACUCCUGAAGGGCAAAGAGAAAUAUGAUGUGAAAUAGACUUGGAUCGUAGUAAAACAUCAUAACGAGCAAAGGCGUAGGAGCGUAAAAUGAUGUGGGGCUGAUGCUGCAGUUGGUCAGGUUUAGGUUCACCAACAGUAUGUGCUGAAAGAAUGAGGUCAGCUGACUCCCUGAAUAUACUGAAUAUAGACCAGGUUAUUCCAUCAAUGGAUUUUUACUUCCCUGAUGGCACGGCCAUAUUCCAAGAUAACAGUGCCAGGAUUCAUGGUGCUGGAAAAUGUACUGUCUGGAGAAGACUUUGUGCAGCGGUUGGUCAGACUCUACCAUCAUCAAUGCUGCAAGAUCUUUGUGAAAAUUUAAUGCAACACUGGAUUGAAAUAAAUCUUAUGACCCUGCAGAAGCUUAUUGAAACAAUGACACGGCGAAUGCAUACCUCAAUCAAAGCUAAAGUUGGUUCAAACGAAAUAUUAGAGUGUCUGACAUUUUUUUGUUGUUGUUGGGGACUGCCAAUGGGGUAGGAUUUUUUUUUAAUUGUUGUUAGUUGAAUUGCUUAAGAUAAGCGAUUGCAAAAUUUGUGAAGAUAGAUUUAAAUCCAGCAAAAAUCACUUUUGACUUGAAUUCGGAUAUACGAAUCAGAAUAACUUAAAACGAUUACAACUUUUACAACUUUAACUAAUGACUUAAAAUAAGAUGAAAAUUCUAAGUAGGACUUAUUAAGAUCACUAUUCCCAAAAUAAGCAAAAUAAUCUUAAUCUUACAAUUAUUAGUAAGAAUACUAUUAU